UUAAGCCAAUCAAAAUUCAUCAAUUAUUUUGCGCUGAUGUCAAGAUGGCAGCCUCCACGAAGCGCCGAUUACAAGGAAAGUCAAUAAAAGAACUUGCAGCUUUAUCAAAUCCAAUCGAGAGGGAAAAACCAGUUGAACCACAUCCAAUAAUAGAACAUGAUGACCCAGUCUGGGCCCCAGCACCAUACACAGUGUUCAAGGUCUUCAUGUCUGCCCGACUAUGUGCAGCCGCAUGGAACAUUGUGGGUGAUUGUGACGAGACUUUCAACUACUGGGAACCGACCCACUACUUGAUGUUUGGUAAGGGUUUUCAGACGUGGGAGUACUCCCCAGAAUAUGCAAUCCGGUCGUACGCCUACCUGAUGCUUCAUACCCUACCCAUGAGACUGUACGGGCUCAUCUUUACUCCCAACCCAGUGAUGAUGUUUUUUUUCACCCGAUGUAUCCUAGCCUUAGCCUGUGCAUUGACUGAAGUGGUCUUCUACAAGGGUGUUUGCCGUCAGUUUGGAAACAAUGUGGGGCGUAUCAUCGUGUGUUUUCAACUGAUAGGGGCGGGAUUUUUUAUAUCAUCAACGGCAUAUCUUCCAAGCAGUUUCUGCAUGUACAUGACGUUUCUGAGUAUUGGAGCAUGGUUUCUAGGCAAAUAUGAGGUGGCCAUUAUGGCAACGGCUGCUAGCGCCAUUGUGGGCUGGCCUUUUGCUGCAAUCAUUGGGGUACCCAUAGCUUUUGACAUCCUAUUCCUCCAAAGAAAGGUGGUGCUGUUCAUGAUGUGGGUUGGAAUAGCACUGGUUACAUUUUUGCUACCCCUUGUCCAGAUAGAUCAGUACUACUAUGGCAAGUUGGUGGUGGCACCUCUCAACAUUGUCAUGUACAAUGUCUUCACCGAACAUGGCCCAGACCUCUACGGAGUGGAGCCAUUUUCCUACUAUAUCAUCAACGGUCUCCUUAACUUCAACAUUGUUUUCCCCCUGGCCCUGGUAUCAGCUCCAUUUGUGAUACUAUCCAACUACAUUUUAAAAGUGAAGACUCAAGGUAUCCCCAUCUGGCUAUCGCUGGCGGGAAUGUACAUCUGGGCGGCAAUAUUCUUCACACGACCUCACAAGGAGGAGCGUUUUCUGUUUCCUAUCUAUCCAUUGAUCGCUGUCGCUGGUGCUGUCUCAGUCGACUACAUACAGCUGUGGUGGCGAUGCGUGUUUGUGCGAUCCAAGGGAGGCCACUAUGUUGACCACACAAGCUGGAUCUCUGUGUUUGUCGGCAUUUUCUUCACUCUCAUGUCUGUCUCUAGAAUUGUGGCUGUAUACCAGGCCUACCACGCCCCUCUAGACCUUUAUGUGGAACUGAACAAACUGGCCAAUGAUGAGAAAGUGCACACACUGUCAGCAGAUCGCCCUGUUACCCUGUGUGUGGGGAAGGAGUGGUACCGGUAUCCUAGCAGCUUCUUCCUUCCAGGGCAAAAUUGGAACCUCCAUUAUUUAAAGUCGGAAUUUGAAGGCCAACUUCCAAAGCCGUAUGACAGUGGCCCUGAUGCAACUAGAAUUAUACCUUCCAACAUGAAUGAUAUGAAUAAAGAAGAGCCAUCUAGAUAUGUGAACGUUUCCAAGUGCCAUUAUUUAGUGGAUUUAGAUCUUCCAAGGGAGACAACUCAUGAACCGAGAUAUUCCCAAAAAACUGAGGAGUGGACAACUCUAGUCUCAAUACCAUUCUUAGAUGCUUCCAGGUCCCACAGAGUGUUCAGGGCAUUUUACAUUCCAUUUGUGUCCAGUAGAUACUGUGUGUAUGAAAACUACAAUUUAUUGAAAACAACAAGAACUAAGAAAACCAACAGAUCGCAGAAACACACUAGAUAGCCUAGGCACACUAGGGUGUAAAAUUUGAUGCAAUUAUGAUGUAUAUAUUAAAAAAUUGAACUUGAAUUAUUUUUCAAGUGUAUGCAAUAAAUAUGUCAGUAGUCCUAUGUGUUGUUUGUUUGUACAAUGUUUAUAUUAAAUACUAAAGGCAGUAA